AUAAAUCCAAAUUUCACUAGCAAGUAAUCAGUUCAAGUUCAACAAUGUUCAUCAACAGACCAGCAAUUUCUGCGCUUCUGAUCCUGGCGCUGGUCAGCCAAGCUAAGGCUGGCCAUCCCUUUGCCUUUUUCGAAGGAACCCUUGACGAUUUUGACGAUUGUCUGAAGCUGAACAAUAUUUCCCUCGAAGAAUACGAAGAUUUUCAGAGUUACGAUAAUUUGGAGAAUGUUAUCAGUGAGGCUGUCGAAUUGAACUACAAGUGCAACAUUAAAUGUCAGCUGGAGAGGGAGCCAACUAAAUGGCUGAAUGAACUGGGUACAAUUGAUGUGGAAUCGAUGAAUGCCACCAGUGAGGCAGCGGAAUACAUCAGAGAGUGCAUGGACAAUGCCCCCGAUGAACCAUGUGCCUACGCAUACAAACUUGUUAUUUGUUCUUUCAAGUCCGGUCACACCGACUUCGGAUCUGAUGAAUAUAAUGAAGAUAUAUCAGAGGCUGGCCAUCCCUUUGCCUUUUUCGAAGGAACCCUUGACGAUUUUGACGAUUGUCUGAAGCUGAACAAUAUUUCCCUCGAGGAAUACGAAGAUUUUCUGAGUUACGAUAAUUUGGAGAAUCUUCUCAGCGAGGCUGUCGAAUUGAACUACAAGUGCAACAUUAAAUGUCAGCUGGAGAGGGAGCCAACUAAAUGGCUGAAUGAACUGGGUACAAUUGAUGUGGAUUCGAUGAAUGCCACCAGUGAGGCAGCAAAAUACAUCAAAGAGUGCAUGGACAAUGCCCCCGAUGAACCUUGUGCCUACGCAUACAAACUUGUUAUUUGUUCUUUCAAGUCCGGUCACACCGCCUUCGGAUCUGAUGAAUAUAAUGAAGAUGUAUCAGAGGCUGGCCAUCCUUUUGCCUUUUUGAAAGAACUUAUGACGAUUUCGACGAUUGUCUGAAGCUGAACAAUAUAUCCCUUGAGGAAUACGAAGAUUUUCAGAGUUACGAUAACAUGGAGAAUCUUCUCAGCGAGGCUGUCGAAUUGAACUACAAGUGCAACAUUAAAUGUCAGCUGGAGAGGGAGCCAACUA